ACACCGGAAGUAAAGUUAAAAAUGGCGACCUUCAUACGAAACUUUCGCACAUGUUAUUAUAAUACGAAACAUUUUGGAUUAACUGGAAGCCAUAGGCAAUAUUUAUGUUCUUCAAAGCAACGACACUCAGUUUGUGAAAAUUUAAGAUCCAACUCUAUCCGUAAUUUAUGUACACCUCAGACAAAAACGGUGAAGGAAUCGGCAGGGCGAAGGUUGCAUCACAUUUCUUCUGUGGAAAACAGUUUAUGUAAUUCUAGAAAAUUCUCUGUUUGGAAUAAAUGUUUCUUGAAUCAAGGCAAACGGGCCUUGUCUGUGCAAAGGCAAUGCUUAAGGGUAUAUUCGAGUCAGGAAAAUCCCGGGGAUUCAGAGGAUGGAGGAGACAACCCCUCUUGGCAGGGGUCCCAGUCUCAGUAUCUUCCAACACCCCUCACUGUCCCUGAUUACUUCCCAAGGGUACCUGUUUUAGCAGUAAACCGAAAUCCUGUUUUCCCGAAAUUUAGUAAAAUGUUAGAGAUUAAAGAUCCAGAAUUGAUGGAGUUAUUGAGAAGAAAAGUAAGAUUAAAUCAACCAUAUGCAGGAGUUUUCCUAAAGAAAAGUGAUUCAAAUGAAGCUGAUUGUGUAACAUCUUUGGAUGAUAUCUAUAAGAUUGGAACCUUUGUUCAAAUUGCUGAGUUGCAGGAUAUGAAAACAAAAGUUAGAUUGAUUGUCAACUGCCACAGAAGAAUAAAGAUAACAGAAGUUCUACCAGAAGAUGCUGAACCAUUCCCUACAGGUGCAGUUCCUUCACUCAAAACAGUUCAAGAGAAAAAUGACAGCAAAAGAAAAAUGAAAAGAAGAAAGAAUGGAAAGAACAACAAUGGAAAUGAGGAAGAAAAAACAGAGAUAACUGAAGUAGAGGAGAAACCAAUUGAACCACUAAACACCCCAACACCACCUCCUAUGGGAGAAAAGAUAGAUGAGAGUGUUGUCAAACCUGUGUCUUCGAACAAGAUUUUAAUGGUGGAAACAGAGAAUGUCAAGGACCAAUCCUACGAAUACAGUGAUCAGAUGAAAGCCACUACAGCAGCAGUAGUAGAAACAAUCAGAGAUAUCAUAUCACUUAAUCCAAUAUACAGGGAGAAUUUAGCCUACAUGAUUCAGCACAACAGAUUUAAUGAUAACCCUGUAUAUAUAAGUGAUUUAGGUGCUCAACUAACUGCAGCAGAAUCAUCCGAUUUACAGUCAGUUUUGGAGGAACUGGAUGUAUCAGAAAGACUACACAUGGUGCUAACUCUACUGAAGAAAGAAUUUGAAAGAAACAAACUUCAAAAGAAAAUUGGAGAAGAGGUGGAAGAGAAAGUACGGAAACAACACAGAGAUUUUAUCCUAAGAGAGCAGUUGAAGCUGAUUAAGAAGGAGCUGGGAAUGGAAAAGGACGACAAGGAUGCCAUCGCGGAGAAGUUCAAAGCAAGAUUAGAGGGUUUGGAAGUACCUGAUCCAAUAAUGGAGGUUAUCAAUGAAGAGCUUACUAAAUUAUCGAUCCUGGACAACCAUUCCUCAGAGUUUAGUGUUACCCGUAAUUACCUGGACUGGCUAACAGUUUUACCAUGGGGGAAAUUUACUGAAGAAAAUCUAGAACUCACCAAAGCAAAGGAAAUCUUAGAAGAGGACCACUAUGGCAUGAAAGAUGUCAAAGACAGAAUCAUGGAAUUCAUUGCAGUCAGUCAACUGAAAGGAAGCACGCAAGGGAAGAUUCUGUGUUUCCAAGGUCCUCCUGGUGUAGGAAAAACAAGCAUAGCCAAAUCUAUAGCAAGGGCACUGGGGAGAGAGUACUAUAGGUUCAGUGUUGGAGGGAUGUAUGAUGUAUCAGAAAUCAAGGGACACAGGAGGACCUACGUGGGAGCCAUGCCCGGCAAGAUGAUCCAGUGUCUGAAGAAGACCAAGUCCAUGAACCCGCUGGUCCUGAUUGAUGAGGUUGAUAAGAUAGGCAGCAACAGACUCCAUGGAGAUCCUGCCGCAGCCCUGCUGGAAUUGUUAGACCCCGAGCAAAAUGCCAACUUCCUGGACCAUUUCCUGGAUGUACCAAUAGAUGUGUCAAAGGUCUUAUUUAUUAGCACUGCCAAUGAUAUUGGAACCAUUCCUGAUCCAUUACUAGACAGGAUGGAAGUGAUUGAAGUGUCGGGUUACAUUGCUGACGAGAAAUUCCAAAUAGCACAGAGAUACUUAGUUCCACAAGCUGAGACAAACUCAGGUAUUAAAAAGGAGCAAGUUAACAUAUAUGAUGAUGCUUUGAAGACUUUGAUACACUCUUACUGUCGAGAAAGCGGCGUCAGAAAUCUACAGAAGCAUAUUGAAAAGAUAUAUAGAAAAUGUGCUUUAUCGAUUGCCAAAAAAGAGACGGAGAAGGUAGAAGUUUCGGACAACACGCUGAAGAAGUUCAUAGGUCUGCCGAUAUUCCAGACAGACAGGAUGUAUGAUGUCACACCGCCGGGAGUGGUUACUGGGCUGGCCUGGACUGGUUAUGGUGGUACUACUCUGUACCUGGAGUGUGUCAAACUGCCCCCAGCCAAGGACCAGGAGAAAGGGGGCGCUCCAACCCUAAGUGUGACCGGUAACAUGGCCAAGGUGAUGGAGGAGAGCAGUAAGAUCGGCUACACCUACUCCAAGACUCUGCUCAACGAGAUAGACCCCGACAACGAAUUCUUCCAAACAUCUAGCAUCCAUCUCCACUCCCCAGAGGGUGCUACGCCAAAGGAUGGACCCAGUGCAGGAAUCGCCAUAACGACUGCACUGAUGUCACUAGCCAUGAAUCGCCCAUGUCGGCAGGAAGUGGCGAUGACAGGGGAAAUUACUCUCACCGGAAAAGUAUUAGCCAUUGGUGGACUCAAGGAAAAACUCCUAGCAGCCAAAAGAGCUGGAAUGAAAUGUGUGUUAAUCCCUGAAGAGAACAGGAGUAAAUUUGAAGAUUUGGAUGAAGCUGUGAAAUCUGAUCUGGAGGUUCAUUUUGUGAAACAUUACAAAGAAGUUUUUGACAUAGUAUUCCCCAAGGAGGAGGCCCAGUCCUGAUAGUACAGUAUUAGUACACCGAACACUGCACAAAGUGUUAUAUUGUGUUACAAUGUAAACAUGUGGAACUAAAAAGACCAGAGGAGAUAUGUUAAAUAUAAAAGUACUUGAGUCAGCAUCUUGGCCAAUUACAAUAUUAAUCUUCAUGAAAAUUAUAACGUUCAGUCUAAAGACCAAUUGCCCAUGAAAAUUAUGAUGUUUAGUGUGAAGACCAAUUGCCUGAUAUGAACAGUUACAAAAUAUGAAGAAGCUGAGGCCAUAUAGAAGAUAUAAAACAUUUUGAAUGGAUUUAAUUUAAGAUAUGAUUUAACUUCAUGCAGAGUGUGUAUGAAUAGUACUUGUAAUAAAUGUGAUAUUUA